AUGGCUUCCGAAGUCCGAUCCAGCAAGACGUCAACCUCAUCCAACGCACCAACCAUGGUCGAUCAGAAAGAGUUCUGGCGUGGCCGCAAGAAACAGUUCGGCAUUGCCGUUGGCGCCUCCUUCGUCCUAAUCCAGCUACUCUUCCUCACCACCCUCUGCUACCUCUUCGGCUCCAUCUACCGCCAAGGCACCCGCAUCCACAACCUCAAGGUUCUCGCUGUCGACUACGAUGGCGGCAUCAUCGGCCAAAGCCUCCGUGGCGCCUAUGAGAACCUCGCCGCGCCCUCUUUUCCCGGCCUCGAGUUCAAGAGCACCGAAGACGGCUACGCCGAAGUGUCUGAUGUAGUCGAGGCGGUGCGGCGCGGCGACUACUGGGCAGCCGUCUACACUCACGCCGGCGCCUCGACCCGCCUGUCUGCGGCCCUCGCCGGCGGCGACGACGCAUCGACCUACAACUCCUCCGCCGCCGUGACCUACGUCUGGAACGAGAUCCGCUACGCCACCGUCGCUGCGGGCUCCAUCAAGGGCAACAUGGAGACCCUCAUCUCCGUCUCCCGCGCCGUCUACACGCGCCUCAACGGCACCGCCGCGCUCAGCUCCCUCGCCCAGACCGACCCGGCCGCCGUCGCGGCCUACCUCAACCCGAUCCAAGCCUCCUCCAUCAACAUCAAGCCCUCCCCGCAGGCCGCCAAGACCGUGUACAACACGAUCCCCAUGGUCAUGGGCAUCAUCAUGCAAUUCUUCUUCCUCAUGGCCGUCAACGGCGUCGCGUCGUCCCUCCAGCUCUACUCGCACCUCCCCUUCGCGCAGAACCUGCUCGUGCGCGCCGCGCUGUCGCUCGUCUACACGCUCGUCGGCGCGCUGUGCCAGUCGGCGUACUUCUGGGCCUUCCGGGAGUCGCGGGAGCAACCCGGGUCCGUGUUCGCGCUCGUGUGGAUGUGCCUGUGGCUGUACCAGCACGUGCAGUUCCUCGUCUUCGACGUCGCCACCACCUUCAUCCCCCUCAGCUUCGUGCCCUUCUUCGUGCUGUCGUGGGUCAUCGCCAACGUCACCAGCACCAUCGCCCCGUUCGAGCUCGCCCCGGCUUUCUACCGCUGGGCGUACGCCCUGCCCGCCCACGAGACGUGGCUGGUGCUCAUGACCAUCUGGUCCGGUGGCGCGGUCAACAGGUUGUAUCGCGCGCUGCCCAUCAUGUUUGCGUGGGUCGCCGUCAUGGCGCCGUGCGCGUUCGUCGCGUUGCGGUGGCGGUGCAAGAAGGCGGUCGAGGCGGCGGCGGAGGAGGCGGAGAGGAAGGAGAAGGAGAGGGCGGAGAUCGUCAGGAAGGAAGUGGGUGAUUUGCAGGAACGGAAGGAGAAGGACCGAGCUGGUCAUCCUGACGCGGACGGGGCUGCUUCGGAGGAGAUGGAGGGUAGGAGGGAGUUGGAGUACUUCCCGAGCGUGCCGACGCCGUUUGAGAAUACGCUGAGGAAGGUGUUUUCGGCUUGA